AUGUCGCAGGUUGAAGGCCCAGAAAGCAUCGCGUUCAGCAGUGAAGUAGAUUACGAGAGCUUGCCGCCGCAUGUGCCUGUGAUGAUCCACAUGACAGCGGGAGCCGUGGCUGGAAUACUGGAGCACACCGUGAUGUACCCUGUGGACUCUGUCAAGACGAGGAUGCAGAGUCUGCAGCCAGAUCCAAACGCACAGUACAGAAGUGUGUAUGAAGCACUGAAACGCAUCGCCCGGACCGAAGGCUUCUGGAGACCUUUUAGGGGCCUCAACAUCACCAUACUGGGAGCUGGACCAGCACAUGCUCUAUACUUUGCCUGCUACGAACGAGUCAAACGGCCAUUAAGUGAUGCUAUUCAGAACGGACGAAACAGCCAUCUAGCAAAUGGUAUGGCGGGUAGUGUUGCCACAGUUCUACAUGAUGCUAUAAUGAAUCCAGCAGAAGUGGUGAAGCAGAGGAUGCAGAUGUAUAAUUCCCCUUACCGGGGUCUUUGGGACUGUGUCCGGACUAUAACUCACUCAGAAGGAGUCGGAGCCUUUUACCGCAGCUACAGCACCCAGCUGACCAUGAACAUCCCGUUUCAGGCUGUCCACUUCAUCACAUAUGAGCUCAUGCAAGAACAGUUGAACCCCAACAGACUGUAUCAUCCAGGCUCUCACAUUCUGUCAGGGGCAGCAGCAGGAGCUAUCUCUGCCGCAGUAACCACGCCUCUGGACGUGUGCAAAACAUUACUCAACACACAGGAGAAUGUAGCACUGGACUCCAUGAACAUUAGUGGGCACUUGUCAGGCAUGGCUAAUGCCUUCAGGACAGUGUACAGGCUGGGGGGCAUGGCUGCUUUCUUUAAAGGGGUCCAAGCAAGAGUGAUAUAUCAGACUCCCUCAACUGCGAUUGCGUGGUCUGUGUACGAGUUCUUUAAAUACUUCUUAACAAAGCAGCACCGGGAGGAGGACUAG